AUGCUGCUGCCACUUUCGUUCUUCUACCUGUUGCUGCACUUUAUCGUGGUGUUCGCCACAGAGUUCACGUUUGAGCUCCCCGAUAACGAAAAACUAUGUUUCUACGAGGAGUUGGAGAAGGAUGUCGAGUUUUACAUCGAUUACCAAGUAAUAUCAGGAGGAAACUAUGACGUGGACUGUUUUGUGACAGACCCGCUCAGUAACACGCUGUACAGCCAAAAUAAGAAGCAGUACGACACUUUCUCCCUCACCACUGCCAUGAGUGGGGCCUACAGGAUUUGCUUCAGUAACGAAUUCUCCACCUUUUCUCAUAAAUCCGUCUAUUUGAAUUUCCGGCACGGUGCCGAGGAGCCUCUUAUGCCUGGUAUGUACAGAGCCACAGCGCUGACCCAGUUGGAAUCGACAUGCGUGUCCAUUCAUGAGAUCCUGAAGGUGGUUGCGGAGUCGCAGAGGUGGUACAAACUCAGGGAAGCACAUGACCGCCUCAGAGCGGAACACCUCCACGACCGCGUCAAUCUAUGGUCCAUCGGUGAAACCAUCCUGCUGUUUGUCAUCGGCGUGGGGCAAGUCAUGAUGCUCAAGAGCUUUUUCCAUGAUAAGAAAGGCUCUGUGGCAGCGAUGACUUAA